AUGCGCCUUGGUGAUCUCGCCGCUGAUUUCCUUGAUGCAAGACCAGGCGUGGCCGGUCCACACACUGCGGCAGAGACAGAUUCCUUCCACACAUUGCGGAUCUGGCGGGGUCCGGAGUUUGCCUUAGCUCACCUGGCCGAGAUUGCCGGAGUGAGGCAAGCUCUCUGCGUGCUGGCCAUCGACGAGGCGCACUGUAUCUCUGCCUGGGGACAUGACUUCCGGCCGGUAUACCAGCAGCUGGGUCGCUUACGUGAGGCUCUUGGCAAGGUGCCGACCAUGUGCCUUACGGCGACAUGCACCAAGGAGGUGCGACAUGACAUACAGCGGAGCCUGGGCCUGUCCGACUGCGUGCACAUCGUCGGACCCAUGAACCGCCCGAACUUGAAGUACGUCGUGCGGCCACGCAGGACCUUUGAGGAGGACUUGACUGAAAUCUUUGGCCUGUUAUCCCCUCCCUGCUCCGAAAGGGUGAUUGACAACAGCCAGAUCGAGCCGACGUCCUCCACCAUCGUGUAUGUACAGACCAAGGCACGUUGCGAGGAGCUCGCCGCAUUGCUGAUCAGAGCCGGUGUGGCUGCGGCAUCCUAUCAUGCCGGUUUGCCCAUGCAGGACCGCCGCGACAUCCAUCGAGCAUUCUUGAUGGACGAACUUCAAGUGGUUGUGGCCACUGUUGCCUUCGGAAUGGGCAUUGACAAGGCAUCUAUUCGCCGGGUGAUUCACUACGGUGCCGCCCACUCGCUUGAGAGCUAUGUGCAGCAGUGUGGCCGAGCUGGGCGUGACGGAGAAGAUGCGGAGUGCAUCACAUUCUUUAGACAACAGGAUCUGCAAGAGGCCAAGACUCUGCUACUCCAAGGCUGUAAGGCUAACGAUGAGCAUUCAAGGCACCUGCUUCUCUUGCACUCCAAGCUCGCAGCUUUCCUGGCAGACAGCAGCCAGUGCCGGCGUGUGAGACUUCUCCAGCACUUCGGCGAAGAGCCUGAGAGGCUGAACAGCGAACCGCAAGAGCCGCGUAAAGGAGAGUGCAUUCAAGUGGGGAGCCUUCCAGCCUGCUGCUCCUGGUGUGACGUGUGCCAGGCCAGGAAGCUUCCCCCUUCUUCGGCAGAGCAGAGCGACUUCACGCAAGAGUGCGCCAUCCUGCUCCAGUGUGUGUCGGCAUGCGGUGGCUUCACCGGAUCUGCUUUGCCCUGUGCUUUGGCCGCAGGGCAAAUGGUCGAGAAACUCAAGGCUCGUAGCCUUCACAGGCAUCCUACCUUCGGGAGCGGACGUCACAAGGCCCACAGCUGGUGGAAGGCUUUUCUUCCACACGUUCUCCGAGCAGGACUCCUGGAGGAGAAACCCGCUAAGCUGGCCAAUGGGAUGAGAUAUGCUGCCCUCUCCGUGUCGGAGCAAGGGUUGCGAAGGAUGCGAUCUACCGACCAAGCUGCUUUCUUUCACAUUUCUCCCGUGCCUUCGGAUCUGGCUGCACCGGCUCCGAAACCGGCUCCUGUGAUGCUUCGGUCCUCUGCAGUGCUGCCUGAAGUGGGGUCAGCAGUGCAGUGCAGUGAGAAUGGAGGUGCAGACUCUCUGGAUGCCAAGAAGCAGGAGCUUUACAGAAGGCUUUCGCACGUCCGUCAGCAGUGGAUGCGACGGCUGAACAUCAUGGGAGAGUCACUGGUAUCCAACCCCGUUUUGCGUAUGCUUGCCGAGAUUCGGCCCUCCUCUGUGAAUGUCGCGCAGCAAAGAGUGCCAGGUCUACCGCAGCUUCGCAGUGAGCCGCUGGUAAGCUUGCUUGAGGCACUCAUCUCCGAGGUGAAUGUGAUGUGCCGAGAGAAUUUCCUGCCUCAGCAGACAGAGCUUCGUGUUGAGCCAGAUGAGAGGCCUCCAAAGUUUCGUCGCCUGCCUACCACUUUCGGGACUGCCUUGCCUGGCAACCCUUCUGCCGACACGCUGGCGAGUGCUUUCUCUCAAGCCCUGGAUGCAGCGAGCAAUCCGCAGGAUACGCCCACUUGCGAUGCAAGUCCGCGGGAAGCGACCAGCGCAGAAUCCCCUGGCGAAAGCGGGCCACAGGCUGAGAGUGAUGACUGGCUAAGUUUGCUGGACACCUGA